AUGAUUAAUACAAACUGUAAAUCAAAUUACAAUUUUUAUUUGGUGCAAAUACCAGUAACCUUUCACAUAAGGUACAUAAUCCUAACCCACUCAUCCUUCUUCCUCAGCCACCUGCUUGAGAAGAACUCUGAUGGAAUCAUAAAGGCAGCCAAGCAAGGAGACCUGAAGAUGUUGAAGGAUCUUCAUUCGCAAGGUUUCUCACUGCUAUCAAUUGAUGCACAUGGCCAGACAGCACUUCACUUUGGCGCUCGUCAUGGACACAAAGACAUUGUGCGCUAUUUGAUUGCAUCAGCCCCGCCUUCUAUCCUUGAUAUGGUGGACACAGAAAAAGGCCAGACAGCACUGCACCAGGCAGCCUCCAACAGGAGACGGACAGUAUGUUGCAUGCUCGUUGCUGCUGGGGCUUCCCUAACUAUCCGGGACCUCCAGGGCAACACACCUCGUGCUCUGGCCCAGCGAGCUGAUGACCAAGAACUGGCUGCAUAUCUGGAGAGCCAGGAGCAGUUUCAGACAAUGGUGCAUGAGGAUUUGGAGACAACCGUAUGAUCCAAGCUUAACACAACCUUGGAGCAUGAAACCCACCUUCCAGUGAAGUUUGGCAUCAGUCAGACUGGAUGAUCUCAUCACACAUGUUGAUUUCCCCAAACCCACUUGAA